AUGUAUAACACGCAUCGCGGAAUGGUCGCCACACCCAACUCCCGCCUGCAGGAGUUGUUGGAUCAACUGCGCCAGGAGUUUGAGAACCAGUCUCGAAGCACUGGCGAGUUUGAGCAUCAAUUGACUGGCCAACUCCAAGAAAUGGAGAUGAUCCGACAAAAGAUUUUUCAAUUGGAGCAGGCGCAGAUGAAGAUGAAGAAUGACUACGAAGCCGAAAUCCGUGUGUUGCGACAUGAACUCGAAUCGCGUGGUGUUCAGACGGUCUCGUCUCAUAUUGCCGGCCCGGCGCAGCAUGCGGCCCCGGCUCAGGCCCCCCCGCCUGCAUUGGGUCAUGGCCCCAGCAAUUUGUUUGGUGGCAUCAUGACCAACCAAGGAGGUAGUGCUCCCGGUCUUGCCCCUCCCCCUCCCCAGGAUCAGCAGCCCGCCCAGCAUACCCUUCAACAGCCUGCUCCCGCGGCUCAACAAGGCGCGCCGCAACCGGCGCAGAGCUCCUUUGGGGGAUAUCAGCCUGGUGCUGCUGUGAACGGUUACGGUCCUGCUCCUCCCCCGACCGCCUCCCCCGGCCCCGGUAAGCGUCCUCGCCCUGCUCCGGGCCCGGCCACUCCCCAGCAGACUCACCAGCUUGCCUACCCGGACCCUCGGGUCUCUCCUCAACUGGCGCGCCCGACCCCGCCGACCCAGCCCAUUGUUCGUGACCGCCCGGGAAACAUGCUCGCCAAUUGGAACCCCGAUGACCUGCCGGCGUCGCAAAAGCGCGAGGGUGCCGAUUGGUACGCCGUCUUCAACCCGGAGGUGCAGCGCGUGUUGGACGUCGAACUGGUCCACCAUCUGGUGCAUGACAGUGUGGUUUGCUGUGUUCGUUUCAGCCGGGAUGGCAAGUACCUGGCCACGGGCUGCAACCGCUCCGCCCAGAUUUUCGAUGUCACUACCGGCCAAAAUGUCGCGACUCUGCAGGAUGAGAAUGUGGACAAGAACGGAGAUCUCUACAUCCGCAGUGUUUGCUUCAGCCCGGACGGCAAAUACCUCGCCACCGGCGCGGAGGACAAGCAGAUUCGCGUUUGGGAUAUUGCCGCUCGAUCGAUCAAGCACAUCUUCACUGGACAUGAACAGGAUAUCUACUCUCUUGAUUUCGCUGGUAACGGGCGGUACAUCGCUUCCGGCAGUGGUGAUAAGACUGUUCGUCUUUGGGAUAUUCUGGAUGGCAAGCUGGUCUACACUCUGAGCAUCGAAGACGGCGUGACCACUGUGGCCAUGUCUCCUGACGGCCACUAUGUCGCGGCGGGUUCGCUGGACAAGAGCGUGCGCGUCUGGGACACCACCACCGGCUAUCUGGUGGAGCGCUUGGAGAGCCCGGAUGGCCACAAGGACAGUGUGUACUCUGUCGCGUUCGCGCCCAACGGCCGUGAUCUGGUCUCUGGUAGUCUCGACAAGACCAUCAAGCUCUGGGAGCUGAACGUUCCUCGCGGCGCGUACCCCGGCGCUGGCGUCAAGGGCGGCAAGUGCAUCCGCACCUUUGAGGGCCACAAGGAUUUCGUGCUCAGCGUUUGCCUGACACCUGACGGACACUGGGUCAUGAGUGGUUCGAAGGAUCGCGGUGUCCAGUUCUGGGACCCGAUCACCGGCAAUGCGCAGAUGAUGCUCCAGGGCCACAAGAACUCUGUCAUCUCCGUUGCGCCCAGCCCUACGAACAACCUCUUUGCCACUGGCAGUGGUGAUAUGCGUGCACGGAUUUGGAGAUACUCUACUUAUACCGGACGGUGA